GCCUGUUAAUGCGCGAGUCAGUGACCGGGAGCGGAGAAAAACCUUGCUGCAGAUUUCUGUGUAAUACCAUUUGAAAACGUGUGUAUGUGGGUUCUGGGGAUGCAAGCAUAAUUUGAUGCGGUUGACCAAACCGAAUUGUGAACCUAUCGAGACCCAGUCCACCAAGCCCGACAAAACGGUUUUUGAGGACGUGUCGCCAUGGCUGAACAGCAGAGACAGCGCUCCCUCUCCACGUCGGGAGAGACACUCUACCAAGUGCUUGGUGUCGAGAAGGUGGCUACACCUGAGGAUAUCAAGAGAUCCUACAGGAAGCUGGCGCUGAAGCACCACCCGGACAAGAACCCCAAUAACCCCGAGGCCGCGGAGAAGUUCAAGGAGAUCAACAACGCCCACGCCAUCCUGAACGACCCCACCAAGCGCAACAUCUACGACAAGUACGGCUCGCUGGGCCUGUACGUGGCCGAGCAGUUCGGCGAGGAGAACGUCAACACCUACUUCGUCCUGUCCAGCUGGUGGGCCAAGGCCCUGUUUGUGUUCUGUGGGCUGGCCACAGGCUGUUAUUUCUGCUGCUGUCUGUGCUGCUGCUGUAACUGCUGCUGUGGGAAGUGUAAGCCUCGGCCCCCAGAGGGGGAGGAGCCUCAGUUCUACGUGUCCCCCGAGGACCUGGAGGCACAGCUGCAGUCUGACGAGAGAGAAAGUGGCGAGCCUGUCCUCGUGCAGCCUUCCUCAGCCACAGAGACGACCCAGCUGAAGGACGGCCACCACACCAGCUACUGGACCGACCCCAGCUUCAACUAGGCCCUUCCUGAAGGAGGAGGGCGACCCCGGGGCCAGCGAUUGGAGGAACAGAAUGCCAUGUGACAACAAAGAAACCAACCCCACCUUUCCAAAAGCACCCCUCAGCAAUUAAAGCAGCCCAAUGUGAGCAUUUGUUCAGGCAAAGAGGAAGAGAAAAUGUUACCAGAACCUACCAGAACCCUCCCCCGUCCUUCCCCCACGCACCCUACGCCAACCGCCCCGUCUCAUCCUGUAGCGUGUUCGGUUUCGGGAACACCCUAGGUAGCUCAUUUUGUUUUUAUAUAUCAUUCUGAUGUGCCACUGUAGUCCUGGGUAUUCAGAUGUGCAACUGAAUGUCCCGUGUGAGUGUGCUUUCUUUGGGGUCUCAGUAGACUGCUGUUGUUUAACCGUCUUCAGUCAGAGGACUGCUCACAGGAUGUGUGCAUGCGUCCUUGUCUGGUGCUCCUGCCCACCUGACGAGCCUGUUACUUUACCUAUAUGCCCUGCCCCCUCCGAUUUAUUGGCCUUCUCUUCUGCUUGUAUGCCCCUCCCCAAAACCCUGCCCCUCUGGGACACUGAGGGGUGUGUCUGUGUCUGUGUGUGUGUCUCUGUGUCUGUGUGUGUGUAUGCGUGUUUGCGUGUACAUGCGUGUGCCUCGACCGCUGCCCCUCGCAGAAGGUCUCUGUGCCGAGCGGUUAUUUCCUGUUCUCUGUGCCCUGACUCGGUUCACGUGGGGUUCUCAGACUUGGUGCUCACGCCAGAGGGUGUGACGCCUCUUGCUUCCUUGGGGCCUGGAAGGCGCGAGCCCUUUGUCUGGGAUCAGCUGCCAUUGUUGCUCUUAGCCAUCUGUGUUGUCAAAUGAGGCUUAAAAUGUGUACUAUACGGUCAUUUAGGCCAUGCCCAGUUCACCUGGAUUCCUGCGGUUUGUGCAUUAUUUGAAUUUUAUCCUUGUUUUAGUUUUUAGUUUUAGUUUUACCCUCGGGUUCAUGUGGUCCCAUCAGCAGCACAGCCCAAGUUAGCGCGUUAGUGGAUAGCAGGAGUGUUAGUGGAUAGCAGAGUGCUGAAUACCGCCUGCCUUGCCAUCCGCACCAUCCGUGUCCACAGGCGAGCAGCGAUAUGCACAGCUCAGCUCGUUUCAGCUCUUUAGCCAGUGCUAACAGCGCACCAGGACGGCCAGUAGGGGGCACUGUUGUUCAAUGGUCUGUUGGGCUGUCAUAUCAUCCUGAGACCUGUUUAAGCAGACCCCCGCUGUGGCUCACUGCAGAAAAUAACAUCGCUGCUGUAAAAAGCGCAGUAAACCUGGCAUAGUAAAACCUGCGAGAGGAAAACUGUGAGCAGUGCUGAUGUUUACACAUCUGUGAGUGACUCUUGAGUGGACACACACUGCAGUAAGGACAGGUGAGAAGCGCCUGCUGCCACAACAUUCUCAUCACAGUGCGGUGGGACUUUGUGAGGACGUCAUGGGCGUGCUGGCGCAGCGUCCCCUGUAACUGUGUGAGUAAAGCGUAAUUAGAGCUGGUUCAGUCUGCACUGUUUGGAGCUCAAGUUUGACCUAGCUCCCUGUGCUGGCAGGGCUCACUUCUGGUCUUCUCAAUAAAACUACAACUCCCAGCAUUCCACACUGCCCUUGCUUUAAGCGCUGUCGCCGUUCAAUUAAGUGCGCAAACGUAUACAUGAACGUUGUAUAUGAAUAUUGUAUUCAAUGGUGGUACUUAUUGCUGUGAGCUGUUGUAGCGCCUCCUUGUGUGGCGCUGCCCUGUCACUGCCCCCUGGUGGCAGAGGGAACUAUGCACCCUGAAAAGUCUUAAUUUGGACAGGCCAGUUUUAUCCUGGUGGUUUGCCAAUUAACUACAGCUUCGUUAAUCACCCUGGGGCCAUAUCUUAUACAGGAAAGUAGGGGAUGUAUGAAUUAGUCAAUUAGUAUAUCGCAGUGAACAACUGUCACACACAAAAUUGAAAUCUCAGUAUGCCACUCCGCUUUCCAAACUUCCUUUAUUGAAAUAUUUCCUGGUAAUAUACCCAGAAAUGGGUCAGUUUAUCUAAAAAUCAUAAAAAUCAGGGUGAUUUUAGUAUUAUAGUUUUGCGCUGUGUUGUGAGAUGUUUUUUGUGGAUUGAAUUGUUCCGAUUGCGUUUGGUGUUGUGGUGCUGUUUCAGGCAGGUUCAGAGUCCAUUUAAACCCAUGCCGCACAACUUUACUUCUGUCCUGCAUGAAUACCGUGGCUAGUUAAUAACAUUCUGUUUUUAUAUAUUUUUAAUGUGUGUGUGUGUGUGUGUGUGUGUGUGUGUGUGCGCAAGUGUUUGUAUGUGCAUGCAUGUGUUUAUGUGUAUGUGUAUGUGUGUGUGUGCGCGUGUUUGUGUGUGCAUGCAUGUAUUUAUGUGUAUGUGAGUGUAUGUGUGCGUGUUUGUAUGUAUAUGCAUGUGUUUAUGUGUAUGUGAGUGUGUGUGUGUAUGUAUAUGCAUGUGUUUAUAUGUGUGUGUGUGUGUGUGUGCGCGUGCGCACGCGCGUGUGUGUUUGUAUGUAUAUGCAUGUGUUUAUGUGUAUGUGAGUGUGUGUGUGUGUUUGUGUGUGUGUGUGUGUGUGUGUGCGUGUGCGCGCGUGCGUGUGUGCGCGUGCGUGUGUGCGCGCGCGUGCGCGUGUGUGUUUCUAUGUAUAUGCAUAUGUUUAUGUGUGAGUGUGUGUGUGUGUGUGUGUGUGUGUUUGUAUGUAGAUGUAUGUGUUUAUGUGUAUGUGAGUGUGUGUGUGUGUGUGUGUGUUUGUAUGUAGAUGUAUGUGUUUAUGUGUAUGUGUGUGUGUGUGUGUGUGUGUGUGUGUUUGUAUGUAGAUGUAUGUGUUCAUGUGUAUGUGAGUGUGUGUAGAACUCCUGGGGGAAGAAGCUCCCCACAGUUUUGGCUGUCUAGUACCUCUCAGCAGUGUGAAAUGUGUCACUACUUCAAGUAAAAAACACAAAUUCUGUUUCCAUCCAGCACUGAUAGACGCUCAUCCUCCUGUGAGGAUCUCAUUGCAGCCGGUUGUAACCGUCUGCCUGUCAGCUGGAUGCAAGGCAGCCAGUGACGCAAGUGUGCAAAUCGCUACACACCCCAGUCAGAGCACUGUGGAGCCCCUCCAUGCCCCCUCUCUGAAGGGCAGUAGGUGAAAGGGUGACCACGGCACUGGAAUGUACUCCUGUAAAGCCACUGUUCACACACGCUGCCACACACAGCCCUGUGUGUCCCAUUUUUCACUACACGGUUUGUGGUAACAUAUAUGACGUGUUGGCAAGAAAAUAAAUAACAUUAACGCUUUAUUUUGGAAACUUUUUCCAAAUGUUACUAUUCUUGGCUCUUCUGAUAUAUAACCAACCUAACUAAGGAAUUUCAUCCAUUUGUCUGGGGAAAAAGACUGUUCUUGGCUCCUAGAUUACUGCAUUUAAUUUCAGCCAUCGUAUGUUUCUGUGUAAAUGCGAUUUGAAUUGGCUGUAUAGUACUUAAUAACCCAUCGUCCUUUUGAGGUUUGUCCCCCUUGCCAGCAUUGUGCGAAAAGGGAAGAUGGCCUUGUUCAUACUGAAAUCAAGUUAUAUAAGAGCUCUUACACUCACUCAGUACAGGAUCUCCUCAUUCUAUGUCCCCUUCUCUGACUCUCCCAGAACUGAUCUGGGAUCAGCCAGGCAAUGCCACUUUGUUAAACCAUCUGCUGCCAACUUGUUAAAAAUCUUUCCUUCCCAACCAUUCUUUUUUGGUGCAGAUUUUGCACCUUUGCGUCUCCAAAAUCCCCCCCCAAAAAAAAUAUUACUAGAUCUAAACGUGGCCAUAUUUGAGUAUCCUCCUGCAUUGUGCUCCAGUGGACUUUGAUGCCAGUGAUGUGCCAGUUUUAAUUGUUUACUCUGAUGUCCGAGUGCUCCAAACCUGCAGUCCCUCUCCUCUCCCGAACCCAACCCCCAGUCCAGCUGUGGACCAGUUCGUUCUUUUAUCGUGGAAAUCCUGUCCCAAAAUAAUCUUGCUAUGGCUUCUAUGAGAUGUUGGGAAAUGCUAAUUGUUUGAGUGAAUGCAUUAUCUGUUUGGAAUUGUACAGGAUUACUAAGGUAAAGAGGUCUUUUAGAAACUUAAAAAAAUAUAAAGACAGAUAUACAGUAUCAUAACAGCACUGUAGUAUUAUGAUGAAUAUAAUUUUAUUUCAUUUUUUUGUUUUUAAUAAGGACUAUAGUUUGAAAUGUAUGUAAUUUAGAUGUGGCCAUUAAACAAUGUGCAAAACAGGAUUUAAUGGUUGAAGUCUCUUGUACUGUACAUACUAUUAAACUAGUUUUAUGUUUUAGCAUGUUGACUGUAUGUCCAAACGAAAAUGAACAUGGGUAAUUUAUCUGAUUUGCUGUUGUAAAAUAAAUGUUUCUGAACAUUA